CACGCACGCAUACACAUCUACAUAUAUUCGAAAUAAUGACCCAAAUUUAAGCGACGACAACAGCGGUCGUACCGUCGUUCUCCGCACGGAUUUUUUUCGAUUCGCGCCAUGGUUCUUCGGCCGCGUUGUAGUGGUACCACCUCAGUGGUUCUUCUCGUGUGCUGGGUUCGCGCGGUGCAGGCCUUCACGCUGGUCGAGUUCCUCGUGGGACCUAAAAUCGGAACCACCGACGGCGGCGGCGGAUCCGUUUCGCCGAAAAGCGUACCAAUUUCUCCAGCGCAAGAACUGGUUAAUGGAUAUGGCUAUCCAUUCGAAGAGCACGAAGCGGUCUCAGAGGAUGGCUAUAUUCUUAGUUUGCACAGAAUACCCAGGAGCAAAAGUACAGAUAAAAUUCGUAAACUCAGAAGGCCCGUAGCUCUGUUUCAACAUGGAUUACUAGCGUCAUCAGACGCAUUUCUUUUUAAGGGACCAGAACAUGAUUUACCCUAUUUACUAGCUGAUGCGGGGUAUGAUGUAUGGUUAGCAAACAUGAGAGGAAAUUUUUAUUCCAGUAAGCACCAAACAUUAGACGCCACUAAAGACUCAGAGUACUGGAGAUUUUCCUUGCAUGAAGUUGGGUUCUACGACUUGCCAGCAAUGAUAGAUUACAUCCUGAACAAAACGAAAGAAAAUUCUUUAUAUUAUUUGGGCCAUUCUGUAGGAUCCUCGGCAGCAUUAAUACUGGGAUCACUUAGACCAGAGUACAAUUCAAAAAUUAAACUUCAUAUUGCCCUGGCGCCAUUGGUUUACGUUCUACACGAUAUUUCCCUGCCUCACAAAUUAGUUCAACAGACUUGGACUAGCUUGCAAAAUACUAUAAUAUCUGACGAUAUAUUGAACGUAUUUCCUAGGAGAAAAUAUUUUUCACAAUUUUUAGAUGCUAUGUGCUCUGAUGGAAUGCCGACUCAAAUUCUAUGCUUGCUUAUGACGUUUUCUUUUGUCGGAGUAGAUGUAGAACAAUUUAAUACUACCUAUAUACAUAACUUAGUUUCAUAUUACCCUGCUGGAGCUUCAGUAUACUUGAUUUCUCAUGCAGCACAGAUAUAUUUUGAAGGGAAAUUUAGAUCGCUGGAUUAUCAAGAUCAGUCGAUUAAUUUUCGAAAAUACAACUCUAUACCUCCAGUUUACAAUCUAAGCUUAGUGAACCAUCCAGUUUCGUUACAUUAUGGUGAAGGUGAUUAUUUAGUCACUGCAGAGGAUAUUAAGUACACAAAUUUGCAACUUCCGAAUAGUGUUGGAAUAUUUAAAGUACCUUUUAGAAGUUUCAAUCAUAUAGAUUUUAUGGUAGGUUCUAAAGCCAAAGAAUUACUUUAUAAGGAAUUAGUAUUAUUAAUGAAUAAAUAUAAGUAGCAAUAAG